AUGGGUCCGGUUUGCGGCUACCCAUUGGGUCUGGCCUACAACCCACUGACCAGACAGCUCAUCAUAGCCGACGCCUACCUAGGCCUCCUGACGGCGGGGCCCGACGGCAGGCUGGCCAAGCCGCUCGCCACCGCCGCAGAAGGCGUUCCCUUCGUCGCCACAAACGCAGUGGACGUCGAUCCACUCACCGGAAACAUCUACUUCACCGACUGCAGCACCCGAUACCAGAUCCGGAACUACAGGCAGGCGCUUCUGGCGAACGACGCCACGGGGAGGCUGAUGAAGUAUGACGUCAGCACCGGACAGGUCACCGUCCUGCUCAGUAACCUCGGAUUCCCCACCGGCGUCGCCCUCAGCGGCGACGGCUCGGUGGUGCUGGUGUCGGAGGCGACUCGGAGCCAGUUGACUCGGUUGUGGCUGAAGGGGCCCAGGGCCAACACGGCGGAGGUCGUGCUAAGCGACGUCGUGGAGCCCGACAACAUCAGGCGGGAUGCUGGUUCGGGUGAUCUCUUCAUAGCCGCCAGGAGAAGGAGGGUGGGCCUGGGCCUGGGCCUGCCGUCGGCGGCGAGGGACGAUUCGGAUUUGGAGUCCAUCUGUUUGCGGCUGCAAAGGGAACAGAAUGUGCGGGAAACGCCGUCGUUUGAGGUGAAUUUGGUUUCGGGGAGCGAGAGAAUCAGCGAGUGCCAGGGGUCGGGGUUGGACGUGUGUGUCACCUCCAUGUCUGCGCGUUACAAGCCCCAGACUAAGCCCAAAUGA